AUGUCAGCGACUAUGAAGAUGCUCCGAAAAAUUCAUGAACAAAAUGAAAGAGAAAGUGUUGUUAAAGAACUUAUUUCACUCAGACCAAUUACACCUGUUGAAAUCAGGGCUUCACACCCAUUUGAAACUGUCUAUAAUGAUUUCAACCCACCUCCAAUUCCAGUUGAUCAAUUUGCACCAUACUUAUCAAGGAAACUUACAAUGAAACGAAAUCAAAAGAUCGAAAAAAUGAAAAUGCAAAAUACUGUUGCUCAGCCAACAUUUGUUCUCACAAAUAGCGUAACGCAAGAUACAGAAGAAGAAAAAGAAACCAAAUCUAAUACAUCUGUUAAAACUCAACCACAACCACAAACAAAUCCACCAAAUCCGACAACAUUAGUUCCAGCGUCAUCAAGAACUACAGAUAAAAGCUUCCUUUUACACAGUGGACGCCAUUUACAGCAGCAUCUUAAAAUGGAAGAGUGUUUUGAUAAAAUUGUUUCUGGCUGUUCAUCAAUGCCAUUACAUAGACUCUUUGAAACAACGUUACAAGUGUAUUUUCUUGCAGAAAAAGUACUGUUUUAUCAUGAUGUUUCCUCUGUAAAAGUUUUAUAUUGUCCAUCAACUACAACUUAUUGUCCGCAUGGCAGCGGCCUUGUUGGAUAUACGCAGUUUGUAAGGAAAACAUUAAAUAUUCCGAUCGCAAAUGAACAUAUUUCUUACGAUUACAAAACUGAAUACGCUAAUUGUCCACCUGAUGCCCAUGUCUUAGUUUUUCCACUCUACGAUGGAUCUUCUCAUGUUAAGUGUAUAGUUGAAGUUAUUAGAAAUGGAAAAUCCCCAACUUUUACCGAAGAUGAUGAAAGAUUUGUUGAAUAUUUCCAAAACAAAUGCAAGAUAUACUCACGAUGGCUAUUCCAACCAGUUCUUGAUGACCAAUUCGCCUCAGAUCUUAUGCAAACUUGUCGUCUUGGCCAAUUUGUCGAAUCAAUUCGCGACAAACUCUGCAAAUUGUUCUCUUGUCGUAGCGCAGAGAUCUGGAUGCUUCAUAAAGAGAAAGACCAGAUAUUCCAAUACCAACCAAACAAAGACCAACCAAUUUUAAUUCCACCAAAUGACACCGGCAUUCCAGGAUUUUCGCUUCGAAAGGAGAUUCCUGUAUCAUGUAUCUCAUGCCGCGUCCACUCAGCAUACAACGAAAAGAUAGAUGGAAACGGAGAUUAUUCUGUUUUAUCAAUUCCAGUCAGAGAUCCAAAUAUGCCAGUUACUUAUGCUAUAGUUCUUCGAGGCAAGCGUAUCCCACAGUUUUUCACCGAUUACGAUGAGAAAAUCCUUGCAAGAGUUGCAGGAUAUUGUAUUGCUUCACUAACAAGUGCCGAAAUUGUCGAAAAGAACCACAUGGCACUUGAAGAAUCCCUCAGACAACAAAAACGUCUCAGAUCUUUGCUCGAAGUCGCUGAAACUUUAUCCGGCCAAUUAAGAAUGGACGUUUUGAUUCCGAAUAUCAUGAGCAGAGCAUGCGAUCUUGUUAAGGCAGAUAGAUGCUCACUCUUCCUCGUUAACGAUUCCCAUGAUAAGCUUCAGAUGACUUUCGGCGCUGGUCUGAAAAAUACAAUUGAGAUUCCUAUCAACGCUGGUAUCGUCGGAUGGUCAGCAACUAAAGGAGAAAUCCUUAAUAUUAAAGAUGCGUACGACGAUCCGAGAUUUAACAGAGGAACAGAUCUUGCAACAGGAUAUCGUACGUUAACUAUCCUUUCUGUGCCAAUUUUCGAUGACAAGAAGGGUAUUAGAGGUGUUACUGAAAUGAUUAACAAGUUGGAUGGUGUUUUCACUGAAGACGAUGAAAAAUUAAUCCAAAUUUUCAACGUUUUCUGCGGAAUUUCAAUUGAAAACGCCAGAUUGUACAGAGCAUCAUUAGAUCUUACCAUGCAACUCCAUUCCUUCAGAGAUAUUUCCGCUUCAAUGGCCCAAUCUCAGACAAUUAAGAAAUUACUUGAAGAAAUCAUCAAAAACACAAGAACUGUUAUUGGUGCAGUCUACGCUAAUUUCUAUUUAUGCGAGAAUGGCCAGAUCUUGUUUACUCCUUAUGUUCAAGAUGAAGAUAUUGAUGAAACCUCCAAAAAGGCACAACAAAUCCGCGAAGGUCGUACAAAAGAAGAUAGCUUAGGUGUUAAGCGCGCAAUCAUCGCAAAACUCAUGUUAGGCGAUGAAUCAGAAUACGAUGCCGAAGAAAAGAAAGAAGAAGAGAUGAGAAACAAAGUAAUCACGAAAUGCGUUAACACUAAAGAGUCAGCGAUGUUAAACAACGAUGAUUACGAGAAAUCUCUAAUUUGUGUUCCUAUUUUAAGUUCAGACAGAGUUGUUAUGGGUGCUGUUUUAAUGAGAUGGAAGAAAUCACAACAGAAGUUCACACAAGAUGAUUUGAAACUUCUUGAGUCAUAUUCAGUUUUCUUGAGUUUGUCUUUAGAAAGAUUUAAACUUAAGAACAUCGCACAAUUAGGUUCUCUUGAAGUUGAAAUGCAAAACGUCAUGUCUAAUGAAGAACGUGGUGAAAUGAGAGUUCCUACGAAACUUCUUAUGUCAGAUGAAGAAUGUGGUGCUUUGUUAUUGCGUAAUUUCGAAUCAACAGAAUGGAAAGGAAUGGCAUUGUUCAAAGUCGCAUUCAAUAUUUUCAAUACUUUCAAUUUAUUCAAAAAAUUCAAGAUUUCUGCAUCAUGUUUCUUCUCAUUUUUGUUUGAGAUGAAGAAUUCAUAUCUUCCUGUUCCAUACCACAACUUCACACAUGCGAUUGAUACUAUGCAAUUCAUGGCACAUGUCAUUAUUUUGUGUGGUUUGAAAGAUGUUUUGACACAGAAAGAAAUCUUGAUUUUGUUAGUUGCAUGUAUUUGUCAUGAUGCAAAUCAUGAUGGAUUCUCUAACAACUAUAAUUAUAAAGCACAAACACCAUUAUCUAUUUUGUUCAAAGGUCAAAGUGUCUUAGAAACACAUCAUUGCUCUGUUUCAAUCACUAUUCUUUCUAAAGAUGAAUCUGCACUUUUCAAUAACUUCCCAGAUGACGAAAUCGCCAGUGUUUGGACAUUGUUCAUUGAUCUUGUGAUGGCCACAGAUAUGUCAAAGCAUUUCGAUAUUGUCGAUGAGAUGCGUGAGUACUUGGCUAUGGGAUUGACAUGGAAGGAUCAUCCUAAAGGACGAUUGUUGUUCAUGAAACUAUUAAUCAAAGCAGCCGAUAUUUCUAACUGUGUCCGCGAGUUCGAAACAGCCGAUCGAUGGGCAGAUGUUCUUUGCGAAGAGUUCUUCAGACAAGGUGAUCUUGAACGAGCACUUGGCAUGGAAUACGAUGGUCCUCUUCACGAACGACAACAUUUGAACAAACAAAAGUCACAGUUAGGAUUCUAUAAAAGUGUUGCAUUACCUCUUUAUUUGUUGAUGGAACGAAUCGAACCAGGAUUUUCUGUUUUUGUUACAAAUGUUAAGAACAACAUGGAGAAGUGGGCCGCUACUAAGAAAGAGAAAGAUGAUCUGGAGCGUAUUGAGAAAGAGAAGGAAGAAGAAGAGAAACGAAAGCGUGAAGAACUUAAAGCAGUUGAAGAAGCACAAAAGAAAGACAUGGAACAAAUGGCGAAAGCGAAAGCAGAGAAAGAAAAACAAAAGAUCAAAUAUUAA